AUGUCGGCAGAGAGCCCAGGUCGUAAGUCAGGCUUCAAAUCCUUCUUCUCCAAUGUCCUCCGGCCCAAAAAAUCGCGCCAAACCCUCCGGAAGGGUGACAGUCGAUCCACGACAGACCUGCGGCAGGCCGUUCGUCCAAGUCUCGACGAUGCUCCCCCAGUGCCCAGCCUCGCGCCAUUGCAACUCCAUCGAUUGAAAUAUCAAGCGACACACGCGAAUCUCGACUACAAUCUCGGCGAACGCCGCGACUACACAACCAUCAUUCAUUCGAUAGGAUGUUUAGAAAUGGACGACUCCACCGGGCCCGCCGACAUCUUCGACCCGAAUCGAGCACCCGGAGAAGGCGAUAUCGCGAAAUUAUCCUCGAGUCUAUGGGCGCAAAUCGCAUGGUAUCUGGAUCCAGCCUCGGCGGCUAGUUUAGCUUUUUCUAGCAUCACCUUAUACCGCCGGCUAAGGACCUUGGUCCUGGAAGAACCGCAGAACCAUGAUUUCAAGAUGCAAUUCCUCAUUGGACUAGACAUCUCUCUACCACAUCAUUUGCUGUGUUUCCAAUGCGGCCGAUACCACAGACGCACGCAGGAAGGCGCUGAACGUAUACGACCCGCCCAAGUGCUUAAUCCGCUAUUCAAGUGCCCCGAAGCCACGAACGUCCUGAACCCGCAAGCGCGAACUCGUAUCACGCACGGACGCACGCUGGCUUUCCCAUUUGUGCAAUUGGCCACGCGCGCGCAUAGGUAUGGUCCUCGGUACGGGAUCCCCGUGGAGGAUAUGGGAAGACGAUGGCACAAAGACGGCUGGUCGCAUGCUUCGCGCUUCUUUAUUCAUGAAGGACGGCUUUUAAUGCGUGUCACGAGUCAGGCGUUUGCGGCGCCAAGUUUACCACCUUCUUCGAUGCGAAUGCUCCUGUUCUCGCGUGACGACUACUGGCCUUAUUUCUCUGCGUGCGCGCACUGGCGCGAUGGUGAAUUGAUGUCUGUUUGCAAAUGUGCUUUGGGACAUAUCCCCGCGCCACGGGAUACUGGUGGACUGCAGGGUCUCGAGUAUAAAGUGAAAGACCGUUGGGUUGGACAACGGUUUGAUCCUAAUUCCUUGACCCUCUUAUGUGGAUUCUGUCGACCUAUGCGUCGAUGUCCCGAGUGUCCGAGUGAAUAUCUGACUGAAGUCAAAUUGUGUGAAGACAAGUCGGAUCCUCACAAGCUGGUGUUCAGGCAAGCGAUUGUGGUGACCCGCUGGACUGAUCUGGGCGAUGGCACUACCCCAAGCGGGUUGGAGUGGGGUGCUAUCAAUGGAAAACGGGAUGACUAUGACUCGUUCCAGCAUUAUGCGAAGCGUGGAAUUGCGAGUGUCUUUGAGGCUGCAUUCACGGCUGAUACGCUUCCUGGUCAGAGAGUCCUUUCUAUGAAUCCUCAGAAAAAGAAGCUCGGUGAGGAGGGGGAUAGUUGGUACUAG